UUUUGACAUUUAUUUUUAUCUAUUUGAUCAAUUGCCACAGCGUCAACAUAAAUGGACUGGAGAUGAUGGUAGCCUUCGGCUUCAUGGCAGCAGCAAGGUGCAAUGCAAUUGCAUAUACGACACAUGCACGCACUUUGUUUUCUUGCUUUUUUUUGCCCUUCCGUUUUCUUACUAGAUUGAACUCCUAAGUGUAUGAUUAUUGAUUUUUUCUUGUUUUCAAAACUAUUAUGUAAAUAGUGUAAGAGUGUCAAACGAGAUCGGAAGUGGAAAUACGAAGGAAGCCAAGUUUGCAACCAUGACAGCAAUUCUAACGUCACUUUCCAUAGGGGUUAUAUUCUUCUUUGUCUUCUUGUUUCUAAGAGGAAGGUUUUCAUACAUAUUCACAACAAGUGAAGCUGUGGCUGCAUAAGUAGCAGAUCUCUCUCCAAUUUUGGCCUUCUCCAUCCUCUUAAACAGUGUUCAACCUGUUCUCUCUGGAGUUGCUGUUGGAGCGGGAUGGCAAGAGAAUGUUACAUAUGUUAACCUUGCUUGCUAUUAUCUUAUUGGAAAUCCAACAGGCAUUUUACUUGGUUAUGUUAUGGGUAUGCAAGUCAAGGGUGUUUGGUUAGGGAUGCUUUUAAGAAUUUUUGUGCAAACUUGUGUGCUUACAACAAUGACAUUAAGAACUGAUGCAGCAUCAUGAUACCUUCACCGCCAAGCAACUACUAUCUUAUGUCGGCUUUCUAAAGAUUUCCUUUUAUUAUUAUGAUUUCCUUUUAUUUAGUUUUUUUCCUAUUCUUAGAAGAGUUAGGGUUUUAUAACCGACUCAGCUUUGAUAUAUUUUAAUAAAAGAGAGAUUCCUCCGAAAACCUUGUUCUUGAUUCGAUUCAAUUCAUCAAAACAGGAAGCCGGUCUCAAGCGAUUCUUCGAAUCCCUUGAUUGAGCGAAGCAGGUCCCAAGGAAGAUUAUCAAAUCCCUUGGUUGAGCUGAUUAUGUAAUUCGUAUGCUGCGCCAGGUUGGUAUCAGAGCCGAGCGACGAUUUCUAACGAUGGGCAAAGCUACAGAAAAAUCCCUACCUACCGAGGCAGAGUUAUUUGUGUGUCUUAGAGAAGGUAUACAACAACUUAGCAAGGCAGUACAGGAUUUUGUUAAGCAUGUUAAUUCUAAUCACGCGGAAGUUUUUCACAACCCUACUGAUGAUGAAUAUGACUUGGAUUUGUCGGGCGAAUAUUCUAAAGGCAAAGAAGACGUAGAAUUUUUUUCUGAGCUGAUUGGAGAUCCAGUAUUUGACGUGUACGACGAACGUGAUGCUUUAGGUGAUUACCCAAUUUUUGAGGACGACAAAGCAACCAAUGAAAAUUUUUUCAUUGAUCAGCUUGGCAAUGGCGUGUUUGAUAAAGAACUUCCAGUUUUUGAUGAAGACGAGGCAGAGGCUGUCCCUAUCAAUGACAAGUUUGAUGAAGAAGCAAUGGAAUAAGUCACAACUUAAGCAGUGGAAGUUGAAACCAUUAAAUUUAAUGACUCAGUUUAUGCGCAAUUAGAAACUCCACCGUUGUCUCCUGGAAAUUUUGCAGAAAGUAUUGGUGCUUUACGUGACUUUAAUCUCAAGAAUACUUCUCAUCCCUUUCAAACGAUGAUGGAAACAUGUGGGCGAAGUGAUAAUUAUUUUUGGGAGAGUAGUGGGUCCAACAACAGAGAAGAUCACAUGGAUGGUUCAAAACCAGAAAUUAUUCAUAUCUGCAAACAGAGAGCUGGCAAUACCUUUGUGGAUUUACAGAAGAAACAUAUGAAUUCUGGUGCACGGAAAAAGAAUUUUAACUGGCACAUCAUUCGCGAGCCACCGGAUCGUGUUCAACACCAAGGUUGUGAAGUUGAAAAAGAAAAUACAAAAAUGUUGACUGCAAAGAUCACUAAACUUGAAGAAGCUCUUUUCUUAGAGCAAGAGAAAAACCGGACUUUGGAGCAUGAGUUGAGUGAAACACGCAGGAAUAUACGAAUGUUAAAUAAAGGCUCCACAACUUUAGACAAGAUUCUACGUUUGGGUAGAACAGAGAAGACAACGGCUGGUCUCGGUUAUAAAGGAGUUCCAUCAGGUCCAUACACUGUCUUUGUUCAAAGUAAUUCUGUGGAAACCAACAAACCUGUUGUUGUCUUAGAAUCUGCUAAGAAUCAAGCUACGGAGCUUCCCACUGUCCCAAAUGUGUGUACUCGCUAUUGUGAGAUAAUUAUCUCGCAACAACAAGGCUGUGUGCGUCAACAAUGGAGUACGGGAAUGAGACUCUUCCAACAAGAGGAUGAGAAGAAUUGUGAUGAGGAAGAUCACUAUGAAAAGUGGGUUCGUACUUUUCCAUUUUUAGUUGAAUCUGCUGCGGAUUUGAUACAGAGUAGAGGACGAAGGGAUAUGCAAUGUAAUUUUUACAAAGCUCAAGUCAUCUUAAUGGAAAUGCCAACCGUGUUUCAAGCCAUGAAGUACAUCUCCAUGACAACCUUGGCCUUUGCUAUGAUUUAUGCAUUUUUCUUCAUGUCCAAUGAAAGCAAACUAAGUCAUUCAAAGUAUUCCAUUUUGACCUGGUGCAGCAUACGAAUUAGAUAAUCAGCUCAACCAAGGGAUUUGAUAAUCCUCCUUGGGACCUGCUUCGCUCAAUCAAGGGAUUCGAAGAAUCGCUUGAGACCGGCUUCCUGUUUUGAUGAAUUGAAUCGAAUCAAGAACAAGGUUUUCGGAGAUAUCUCUCUUUUAUUAAAAUAUAUCAAAGCUCAGUAUUGAAAGCCAACUACAAGGACUUAUAUAAGUUAUAAGAGUCGGUUAUAAAACCCUAACUCUUCUAAGAAUAGGAAAAAAACUAAAUAAAAGGAAAUCAUAAUAAUAAAAGGAAAUCUUUAGAAAGCCGACAUAAGAUAUUAGUUGCUUGGCGGUGAAGGUAUCAUGAUGCUGCAUCAAGAACAGAUUGGGAUAAACAGGUAUCUUCAUCGCUGAAACGUUUGAAUCGUUGGGUUGAGCCGGAGUGUUUGCAUUUAAACGAUCAGGCUUCACUAAAAGAAUAACUGAGUGUUUGGCUGUGGAAAUUAUCAUAAUGGAUUUCAUAAUUUUAGGGAGUUUUGCUAAUAAAUGACAACUAAACUCACCUGUUGUCCUCUUAGAAGAAAAUAAAUUG